AGACAUGGUUGCUUUGAUGGAGAGGCACAAGCAUGAGUAUGACAAAAUGGUAGAAGAAAAAGAUGCAGAGCUGAGUGAAAAACGGAUGAGAGAGGCUGAAGUCAGUGCAAGCAAAGCAUCUCUGGAACUGGAGCUGUCUCACCUGCAAGUGGAAAAUGAAGAGCUUAGACAACAACUUGAAAAGCUCAAAGGAGAGAAGAUGGCCUUGAGGACACCAGUCUCAUCUCUUGAAAAAGACACACUUCAACAGGCAAAUGAAAUCAAACCAAAGAAAGGAAGAAACAAGAUCUCUAAAACUCAAAAAGCUGACAUCACAAAGAAGGCCGUGUAUGAACUUUUAAAUGAGGAUGAAAAUGAAGCAUCAAGAAAUGCAUCUUACACUCCUGCUGGAACGGUGAAUAAAGACCUUCAUACCCCAUUAUGGAGCAAAACGACAAAAACAACACCUCAAAUAAAGUCAUUCAGAAUUCGCACACCACCCACACCUGAGAUUACAGGGUCUUGGAAGGAAAACAUUCUGAAGCUGGAUCCAAAAUCAGACAACUCAGACAGCAAUGACAUACUGAGUUUCUCUCCAAGACCUGUGAAAUCAAAGAAACCUAUGCAACCAAAAGAGGCAGACACAGGGAGUUUGGACAUGUUCAAGAAGUUGCAGAGUUCUUUUCCAUGUAAGUCUCCAGGAACAGUGCUGAAACUGGCUGCAAUAAAGAGAAUGCGAGAUGCUGGAUGGACCACCGUCAGCAAUUCAGAUAAGAAGAAAAAAAAA